CCACCUGCCAAUGCAGGGGACACGGGUCCGAUCCUUGGUCCAGGAAGAUCCCACAUGCCAUGGAGCAGCUGAGCCCAUACACCACAAUUGUUGAGCUUGUGCUCUAGUGCCUGGAGCCGCAACUACUGAGCCCAUGUGCUGCAACUACUGAAAUCCCUGUGUCUGAGAGCCCAUGCUCCACAAGAGAAGCCACCACAAUGAGAAGCCAGCACUCUGCAACUGGAGAGUAGCCUGCUCACCACACCUAGAGAAAAGCCUGUGCAGCAACUAAGACCUAAGGACAGCCAAAAGUAAAUAAAAUUUUUUUUAUUGUUUUUAAUGCAGAUUGUCUGAAACUACAAUUUAAUAAGUCAGCACUGAGUUAGGAGAUCAGUGUCCUUCAGUCAGUUCUGGACACUAGCAUCACUCAGUCGUGUCCGACUUUUUGCAGCCCCAUGGACUGCAGCACGCCAGGCUUCUCUGUCCAUCCUAACUCCCAGAGCUUGCUCAAGCUCAUGUCCACUGAGUCGGUGAUGCCAUCCAACCACCUCAAUCGCUGUCAUCUCCUUCUCCUCCUGCCUUCGAUCUUUCCCAGCAUCAGGGUCUUUUCCAGUGAGUCAGUUCUUCACAUCAGGUGGCCAGAGUAUUGGAGUUUCAGCUUCAGCAUCAGUUCUUCCAAUGAAUAUUCAGGACUGAUUUCCUUUAGGAUUGACUGGUCUGAUCUCCUUGCUGUCCAAGGGAAUCUCAAGAGUCUUCUCGAACACUACCGUUCAAAAGCAUCAAUUCUUUGGCACUCAGCUUUCUUUAUAGUCCAACUCUCUCAUCCAUACAUGAGUACUGGAAAAACCAUACCUUUGACUAGACAGACCUUUUUGGCAGGGGGAGGAGCCAAGAUGGCGGAGGAGUAGGACGGGGAGACCACUCUCUCUCCUACAAAUUCAUCAAAAGAAUAGCUGAACACAGAGCAAACUUCGCAAAACAACUUCUGAUCGCUAGCUGAGGUCAUCAGGCGCCCAGAAAAGCAGCCCAUUGUCUUCGAAAGGAGAGCCAUUUUAAGUGCCAGAUCUAGUUAUUUUGCUGCAAUGCUGAGUGGCUGUUGGGCUGAAAGCUCCCAGGAGUACAUUACUCUUCAAAGAGACUCCUGGCUUGCUCUGAACCUUCAGGAUGACCUUUUCAAAUUAUAAGCCAUGUAGAAAUGAAUGUUAUGAUGCACUUUAUAUACGGAGGAACUUUGGACUUUCCCAUCAAAGCUAAUGUUGGUCAGAUACUCAAUAUGGCUGAUAUGUAUGGACUAGAAGGAUUAAAAGAAGUAGCAAUCUAUAUUUUAAGAAGAGAUUACUGUAAUUUCUUUCAGAAGCCUGUUUCCAGAAGAUUGGCAUCUAUAUUAGAAUGCCUGAUUAUUGCUCAUUCAGUUGGAGUGGAAAGUCUUUUUGCUGACUGCAUGAAGUGGAUUGUAAAGCACUUUGCAAGGUUUUGGUCUGAGAGAAGCUUUGCAAAUCUACCUCCUGAGAUUCAGAAAAGUUGUUUUAAUAUGUUGAUUCAUUCUUUAAAUGAUAAGAAUGCUGCUUUUCUUCUGAUGGAAAGUGACAGGCUAAUCGUCACUUUACCCAGAGUGAAGUGGACAGAGUCAGCAUUGAUCAUGGCAUCUCAGCUCCAAGAAGAAUGUAUUGCAUUUAUUAUAGAAAAUUUCUCCAAGAUCAUUCAAAGUGAAAAUUUUGCUCUUCUCUUACAGUCACAAGCAAUGAGUAGCACAUCUGAUCUGUUGGACAAAAUUUUAAAAGCUGUUGAAGAAAACAUUACCACGGAGAAUAGUUGCUCGCUUCUUAUGGCUCUGGACACAUUACUGAACUCUGACAGUACAAAAGAAAUGGGUUUUACGUGCAAGAUCCAGGCUCUGCGUGAUAAGCUGUGGAUCUUCCUGGUUCAGUCUUUCUAUGCUGUUCGUCACACAGAAAGCUGGAAGCUGAUGAGCACAGAUGAUCAACAGAAAAUCCAAGCAGCUGCAUUUGACAAAGGUGAUGACCGAAGACUUGGCAAAAAGCCUAUAUUCAGUAGCUCUCAGCAAAGAAAACAGGUUUCUGACUGUGGUGCUAUAAAAAACAAAUCCUCUGGAGGAAGUAACAAGAAAGAGUGUCUGAGUUAUCUCUCUUCUCAUCAGAAGAUGAAAUCUGAUGGAUUAGGAGCAUCUGGACAUUCAUCAGGUACUAAUAGAAAUUCUAUAAAUAAAACUUUGAAGCAUGAUGAUCUAAAGGAAAAGGAUCCAAAACCAGCAUCCAAGAGUACAAAAGAAUUAAAAACUGUGGGAAAAAAUGUUUCUGGAAAGCCCAAAGCUAUCAUAAAGCCCAAAACGGAAAACAGUGAUAAUGCAAAAUCAACAAACCUGUCACCUGGACAAGCUGUGGAAAGAUCAGCAACAGCAGCAGCAAAUGAACAGAAAAAUUCAGGAAAUGGAAAAGGAGUGAGAAAUCAGGAAGAGCAAAUUACAGGUGCCAGACCCAAGGUACUCACUGGAAAUUUAAAUGUGCAAGCCAAAUCAAAGCCUUUGAAGAAAGUGACAGGCAAAGAUUCUCCACACCUCCGAACUGCAGGGCCCUCGAGCAGAUCUACAAAUUCAAGUAUGGAGUUACUGACUUCCACUGACCGUCUGGAUGAACCAAAAGGAAAUGGGUCAAUGAAAGAGAAGCUUUCUGGUCAUAAACCUUCCUCUUGUGACUCUCGGGGACAGACUGUGAAAAACAGUGUAGAAGGUAUCAAAACUUCCACUGUAGCAAUGAAAUCUCGACCUGUUUCAAAAGAUACCAAUGGAAUUUCCAAUAAAAAAAGCACUCAUGAACAGGAAUCUAAUACACAUAACAGUGUGCUAAAGAAGAUCACCAACAAAGGAUACAGUGAUCCAGUACCACAGGCAAUUUUUAAAAAAAGAGGAAAUGGCAAUGGAUGUGCUACAGCUCAGCAGAGGACAAAGAAUGCCACAGCUAAUCUUGCUAAAACUCAAGGAUCCCAAGGAUCACCAAAUUCAGUAAAAUCUUCAGUCUCUUCAAGGCAAUCUGAUGAAAAUGUGACAAAAUUGGACCACAGUGUAACUACAGAUAAACAAACACCUAAGAGAAAAAUUGUCAAACAAGGACAAACAACUUUGCCUAAGAUUAGUGCAAAAACAGUCACAAUGCCUAAAAACCUAAAUCAAUCUAAAAAAGGUGAAAAUUUGAAUAAUAAAGAUUCAAAACCGAAAACACUUCCUGAACAGGUUAUACCGAAGACUCUGCCUUCUCCUCAGAGACCUUUAAAAAAUGAACCAUCUGUUGUCCAAAAAAGUGUGUUUCUUGACGUAUGUGAUAAUAAUAACAAAGGCAGUGUUUCUGAACAGAAGCCUCAUGAACCUCUAACUAAUCUCACAGCCAAAACCAGUGAUGCAGAAGCAUUUCCAUCACCGUGCAUACUCGACUCAGAGAAGACACUGAACAAUCAAGAAAAAGAGAAGGUGGUAUUAGAGUGCCAAAAUAUUUCAAAUCUGGAUAAAUUAAUAAAACAUGAACUGGAAUCAAAACAGAUGUGUUCAGUUAAAAGUGAAACAAAUGUUUCUGGUCACAAAAAAAUAGAUCACUGCACCACAGCUAAAAUACCUUGUCAUUCUGAUGAGAGUGACAAUGUCGAUCCAAAAUUUUAUAGUACCACUGUUCUAAAAUCCAUGAUUUCAAACCCAAAAGAAAACUCUUUGAACUCUAAUCCAGUUUGUGACUUAGACUCAGCACAUGUAGAACAACUCCAUUCAGAAUCAGAUAGGGAGAAGCAAGUAGGGAGACAAGAUAUAAACCAAAAAUUAAGCAUUAAAUGUGUGAAAGAUGUUUUACCUUGGGUUCCUGAAAAGACAAAUGGUACCUUAAAUUCUGGUCAAGAAGACAAAAAAUCUAAAAUUCAUGUAGAAGAGACAAUUCCUACUCAGUUGUCUGAUGACUCUGCCAUGAAUGAAGACAAUCAUGCUACAGGAGAUUCACAUAUUUCCUCCAAGUGUUUUUUGGAACAAAUAUCAGGGAAAAAUUCUCCUAAAGAUACAGAAACAACAGAAACUCCAGAGAGCCACGAAACUCCAGAAGCGCCAUUCAUGAGUCGCUGGAAUUUGAGUACCAGUGUUCUGCAUCAGAGAGAGAGUCCUGAGUCAGACAGUGCCAGUGCUACAACAUCAUCUGACGACAUCAAGCCCAGAUCUGAAGACUAUGAUGCGGGAGGGUCUCAGGAUGAUGACGGGUCAAAUGACAGAGGCGUCUCUAAGUGUGGCACUAUGCUGUGCCGUGAUUUUCUUGGAAGAAGUAGCAGUGAUACCAGCACUCCUGAAGAAUUAAAAAUAUAUGAUAGCAACUUAAGAAUUGAAGUGAAAAUGAGAAAGCAAAGUAGUAGUGAUCUUUUCCAAGUUAAUUCAACUAGUGAUGAUGAGAUUCCUAGGAAAAGGCCAGAAAUUUGGUCUCGAUCUACAAUAGUUCAUUCUAGGGAAAAAGAAAAUAUUCCACGAGGCAGUGUCCAGUUUGUACAGGAGGUAGAUCAGGUUUCUUCCUCAGCAGAUGAAACAGAAGAUGAAAGGUCUGAAGCUGAAAAUGUUGCAGAAAAUUUCUCUACAUCUAACCCAGCUCUUCAGCAGUUUCAGGGGAUAAUUAAUCUAGCUUUUGAAGAUGCAACUGAAAAUGAAAGUCACGAGUUUCGUGUAACUAAAAAUUUUAAAAGGUCUGUUUUACUUUCUGUAGAUGAAUGUGAAGAGAUAGGAUCUGAUGAAGGGGAAGUCCAUGCUUCCUUUCAACCUUCUGUAGAUUCUCUUUCACCUUCUGAUGUUUUUGAUGGUGUUUCUCAUGAACAUCAUGGAAGGACCUGCUACUCCAGAUACUCACAAGGAAGUGAAGGUAGUGUUUUAGAAUGCAAACAAAAGAAAAGCAAUAGUAUAUAUAAAAACAAAAGCUCUCCCUUGGGUCUUAGUAGCAUUGACUCGUCAAGAAAAGAUAAACAGAGUGCUUCAGCCACAGAAAAAAAGGGCACAACAGAUAUCCUGUCCAAAGGAGGCAGACAGCUUCCUCCAGGAGAUAAAAAAGUAUAUAGUGGAAGCAAUGUGGAUAAUGACUUUGAGACACACAGCAAAUUUUCAGAUAGUGAUAUAAAAUCUCAAGAAAGACCAUGUCAUUUGGAACUUCAUCAAAGAGAAUCCAAUUCUGACAUACCAAAGAACAGCUUCACAAAGUCUCUGGACUCCUGUCGGAGUCAAGUUCUGCCUCAGGAAGGUCAAGUGAAAGAAAGCCAUUCUACAGCUACCGAAAAAGCUAAUAUUGCUUUAUCUGCAGGAGACAUAGAUGGUUGUGACACAGUGGCACAAAUCUACAUGUAUGACCAUCGGCCUUCAAAAACCCUAUCUCCAAUAUAUGAGAUGGAUGUAACAGAAGCAUUUGAGCAGAAAAUGGAAUCAGAAACACAAGUUACAGACAUGGAUUUUGAAGAUGAGCAACACUUUGCAAAACAAGACUGGACACUAUUAAAGCAACUGCUCUCUGAACAGGACUCUAACUUAAAUAUCACAAAUUCUGUUCCUGAAGACUUAAAUUUAGCACAGUAUCUAAUUAAUCAGACACUACUUUUAGCACGAGACAGCUCAAAACCUCAGGGUAAAGCACAUGUAGACACUUUGAACAGGUGGAGUGAACUAACAUCUCCAUUUGAUGAUUCCUCAGCAAGCAUUACCAUGGCUAGUUUUUCCUCUGAAGAAUGUUCACCCCAAGGGGAAUGGACAAUUCUGGAACUGGAAACUCAGCAUUAAGAGUGUUAACAUUUCAGAAAAUGUUAAAAUAUGCCACCUCUUUAUUUUUUUGAUGUUUAUAUUGUAUGCAAAUGAUAACUGCAUUAGCCAGAGAUAGUCUAUCCUUACUACUGAGGAAGUCUUUCCAAUUUAGUUCAUUUAUUAAUAUGAUAUCAUACAUAGAAAAAAGUGUUGUUUUUUUUUUUUUCUAAAAAUCUUGAGCAUGUUUUCUAUAAUUAUUGGAGAAUUUAGAAGACCUGUAAGGAAACCCUUGCUUUAGUUUUCCUUUCCUAACUGGUCAGUUACUUGUUUAUCAUUCAAUAAUUUAAAAUGUGAAUGCACAAGUAGAACAGUCCCUUUUUGCUCUGCAUAUGGUAACAGUAAUUUAACAAUAAAAAAAAAACUUAUCAUGCUUGUGUCAAUUUAUGUAGAGUUCAUCUGUGACAUUCAAACUCAGGUUGGUGUGGUUAGGCUUAUAGCUAGUAUUAGGAAAAACCUUCACUUUUCCAGCCAUUAGAUCCAGGAAAUUGUUAAGUAAAUGCAUCUCAAAUUUCAUUGACAUUUUUACUAAAAGAAGAGAAGCAGAAUUUCCUGUACCUCUUUUGGGGGAUAUAUCCAGAGAAAGACAUCUGCGGUUAUUCAAAAGAAGUGGGAAAACUGUCCAUCGGUUUUAUCUGUACAGUAAUUCCUUUGGAUGAGGGGAUAUAAUAGAAUUGGCAUCUCUCAAAGCUUUGUAACUGACUCACAAUUUCUCUAAAAUACAUCAGAAGUAAAAAAUUCUUUUGGUUUAGAA